GGAGCGUUGACGGCACGCAGGCGCAGAACUUAACUACAUGAAGAAGCCAUGUCUAUUGCGGAGGUAUCACUGGUCCAUUUAUUUGGGCUUAGGAAUGAUAUACCGAAUAAUGUGUUCUACUGCGAUGAUCAAAAUAUUAUCUAUCCGGCGGGAUCGACAAUACUUACUUACAACGCCUUACAUAAACAUCAAACGCAUUUUGACGAACUUAGAAAACUAAGGAAUUUGAAGAACUUUGCAUUAAGUCAGAACAAGCGGUAUUUGGCUGUAUCAGACAGCGUAGACAAGCCGAACAUCUUCAUAUAUGACCUGUCCACGAGCAAGCGUCGCAAGACGCUUUAUUGCACGGAGGUGCAGUCCAAAGAUGUCGUGUCGCUCUCCUUCUCGAGCGACCACAAGUAUGUGCUGGUGCUGGGUGGCAGUCCUGACUACACUCUGGUCGUCUACCUCUGGGAGAAGGGCAAGAUCGUCACCACCUUGAAGCCCAACAUGCCCAAUGCCUGGGCUGCAGUCAACCAGGCGGUCUACAACCCGGCAGACCCGGCCGUCAUCGUGGUGGUGGGCCAGCACCUGCUCAAGAUGCUCCGCCUCACUGAAGGGUCUCUGCGCCAGUUCGGCCAUCAACGCGUCGAAAACACCAAUUAUCUGUGCGCCGCGUGGGCGGGCCAGAACCGGCUACUGGUGGGCACGGACCAGGGCCGCGUGGUGUUGUACGACGCGGCCGAGCUGAAGGCCGAGUUCCGGCUGUCGGAGGCGGCCAGCCGCGAGCCGACGGCCGAGCCAGAGCGCCGCUCGACCAGCGCCGCCCGCUCCAGCUCCGUCAUCUCCAGCGGCGGCGAGCCUGUCACCAGCAUUGUCACCUUCUCAAAGGGGUUCGUGGCCGUGUGCGGCGUGGGCGUGGCACACGUGUUCGACCGGGCCGAGGACCAGACGACGGAGUUCUACCGGCUGCUGCGCACCGUGCACAUACCACAGGACCCGGGCCGCCUGGCGGCCUCGGCCGACCUGCAGGAGGGUAUCACCGGCCUGGCCGUCAGCCCCUCCGAGGAGACACUUGUCGCCGCCUCCACGCGCAGCCAGCUCUACGUCAUCGCCAUGAGCAGCGUCUUCCUCACCAGCAAGGGCGCCGACUGCCUGUUCGAGCACCUGUCGACGCCGUUCCACUACGGCAGCAUCCUGGACAUGGACCUGUCGUUCCGGCGGCCGUUCGCCGUCACGUGCGGCUCCGACCGCACCGUGGCCGUCUGGAACCACAAGACCAUGACGCUGGACGUGUACAAACAGUUCCAGGACGAUCUGCACAGCGUGGCCAUACACCCGCUCGGCUACAGCUUGCUCGCCGGCUUCUCGGACAAGCUGCGCUACAUGAUGAUUCUGAUGAACGACUUGCGACCCAUCAAGGAGUUUGCCAUCCGCUCGUGCACGCAGUGCGCCUUCAGCAACGGCGGCCACCUGUUCGCCGCGGUGCAUGGCAACGUCAUCCAGAUCUACUCGACCAUCACGUUCGAGAACGUCGGCAACCUCAAGGGCCACGGCGGCAAGAUCCGUGCCCUCCGCUGGGCGCCGUCGGACAACCGCCUCGUGUCGUGCGGCAUGGAGGGUGCCAUCUAUGAGUGGGACCUGCAGCUGGGGCGGCGCUGCGGCGAGAACGUGCUGCGCGGCUGCAACUACUUCAGCACGGCCGUCUCGCCCGACGCCAAGACCAUCUACGCUGUCGGCUCCGACAAACUCAUCAAGGAGGUGUCCGACUCCCAGGUGAUCCGCGAAGUCAGCUGCCAGGAUGUGGUGCCCACCUGGGUGGCGCUGUCUCGCUCCGGCCGCAUGCUCUUCCUGGGCCUGCAGAGCGGCGUGCUGCGUUCCGUCAAGUUCCCGCUCUCCAUCCCCGGCGAGUGGGAGGAGCACUUCGCCCACAACGACGCCAUCACCAAGAUGGCGGUGCUCGCGGACGACUCGCAGAUGUUCACCUGCUCCUCGGACGGCACUCUGGCGCUGUGGCAGAUCCAGGACCCCGAGGGCCGUCUCUCAAAGCGGGAGCGAGCCAUUCCUUACGCAGAGGAGAUUCUCGUCUCAAAAGUAGAGCUAGAUGAGAAGACGCGACUCAUCAACGAGCUGAACACGCGCGUCUCGGAGCUGCGACUGGAGAACGAGUACCAGCUGCGGCUCAAGGACAUGACGUACGGCGACAAGAUCCGGCAGCUGACCGAGCGCGCCGACCAGGAUAUCCAGACGCUCAACGACACCAUCGAGAGCCUGAAAGAGGAGAAUGAGGCCGACCGUGACGCGCACAAGCAGCAGCUGGAGGACAUCCGAGCACAGCACCAGGAGGAGGUGCAGCUGCUCGAGUCCAACAGCAAUGCCAAGCUCAUCGUUGAGUAUGAGAAGUACCAAGCGCUGGAGAACAAGAUGGCCAUGAUGAAGGAAGACUAUGAAAAACAGCUGGUGGAUCUGGCCGCCGCCGACCAGGCGGUGCUGUCCGCCCAGGCCGAGGAGCACGAGGAGCGGAUCCGGGAGAAGGUCGCCCUGCUGGAGGAGGCUCGCGAGGAGGCUGACCAGCAGAAGAAGACCUACGAGGAGAUGCAGGUCCAGAUCGAGGAGGACGGCGACCGUGAGAUCGUCGACAUCAAGACCAAGUACGAGUACAAGCUGAAGGCGGAGCGCAACGCCAACGUGCGACUGCGCGGCGAGACGGGCGUGAUGAAGAAGCGCUUCGUCAGCUUGACAAAGGAGCUGGAGGAGCAGCGACAGGAGAUCCAGCGUCUUCAGGGCGAGCACAGCAAGCUCCAGUCCAUCAUCAAGAACCUCGAGCGCGACAUCAUCGGCCUGAAGAAGGAGGUGCAGGAGCGGGACGAGACCAUCAAUGAAAAGGAAAAGCGCAUUUACGAUCUGAAGAAAAAGAACCAGGAGCUAGAGAAGUUCAAAUUUGUGCUUGAUUACAAGAUCAAAGAACUUAAGAAGCAGAUCGAACCACGGGAAAUCGAAAUAAAAGACAUGAAGGAAACUAUCAACGCUAUGGAGAACGAGCUGGAGAACUACCACAAAAAGAACACGGAGCAGGAGCUGCAGCUGCAGGAGUUCCGUCAGAAGCUGCAUGCCAUCGAGGCUGAGCUGCACCGCGCCGUGCAGCGCAACUUUGACUUCACCGUCGUCAUGAACCGCUACCGCAGCGACCUGUUCUCCUGCAUGGACUUCAUACAGGACCCGAAAAAGCUCAAGGAGAGCAUCAAGGCGCUCUACAGUAAGCACGUGACGUCCGAGAUCCGGCCGGAGAAGCUGCUGGUGGACGACUCCAGCUUGAAGGAGUUCAGCCGACAGCGUGACUACCUGGAGCGCACCGUGGCCGGACUCAAGCACAAGCUGACUAAGGACACGCACCUGCAGCGCGCCGACAAUAUCCGCGUUGUGCAGGAGAACGUGGCGCUGAUCGCCGAGAUCAACAACCUGCGGGCGGAGCUACACGCUCUGCGCAACAGCAUGGACGGCCUAGAGUCGGCGCUGGGGCUGCGCCGCUCCUCGGUCACGCCGGCCGAGGCGCAGGCCAAGCUGGACAAGGCCAUCGUCCGUCUGGACCAGCUGCAGGAGCAGCAGCUGCAGCAGCUGCAGGCCCGGGACCAGGUGAUCGACGCGCAGCGGCACGAGCUGCAGCUGCAGGCCUCGCAGAUCGUGCAGCUGCAGCACGAGCUGGGCAAGUGUCUGGCUAAGCCGGACGCCUUCCUGCAGUCGCUGGGCGAGGAGAGCGACCGCGCGUGAGCCCGCCCUGGAGCCGGCAGCCGCCCGCCCGACAGAGCUCCGCCUCUCGCCGCGUCCGGCUGCUCUUUGUUCGGUUUUGGUCGCCUUCGUUUUGUUCACAGAAAGCUUGGUUUCGAUGUCUGAGCACAGUGGCAGCCACAUGGUAGCGCAUCGCUGUGAGAAGGUGGUGUGUGACCAUGCCGUGCGUGCCGGUGGCGGUUCAGCCAUUGAUCAAUGUCCACCAGAGAUCACUGCGGGAGGUCAAUGGCAUGUUCGUCGUCGCUGAGCUGAGAUCGUAGCGCACGCCUGUGUCAUAUUCCGACGAAGACAUAAGGUGCUGAUAUGCACGAGUGGCGACAGGUAUGUGAUGCGACAGGCACGCAAGAGGCCUCCAAGUGGCGCCAAGGCCUUUUGUCGUCCUGAGGUCUUCCAGGCUCGUGGGUGUCUCUACGUCGCGUGACUUCAAAACUCGUCGCGUGGCGUGUUUUGCACUCGACACUCGCAUGAAUUGUCAUGUGUCGAGCGUUAUCCGGCAGGGGUCAUGCCGGGGUCUAGGGUUGUUCGGUCGUGCUCUGGCGGCCGGACGAGCUGUCCGGCACUUUCGUGGUUGGCCCAGGUGGCGCAGGCGAACGAAAAUUCUGGCGUAUGAGCUGGGGCUGGUUGAUUUCGGUGUAAGAGAUGGUGUACCGGCCACAAAUGUUUUGAAAAUUGUGAAAUGCACGGCUGAUCUGUCAAAGAAA